GGAACCUGGCACUGAGCUUGUGGGUAGGGGCGGCUAAAGACCGCCUCCCUGCUCGGUCCCUCUACCUGCUGUGGGCGGGGAGGAAGAAAGGCGGGCACCAAGCGAUAGGGUGAGUCACUCCUUCCCUAGGGUUAGAAGAGGGACUUCUCUCCCUUCUCGGGGUCUGCGCAUCAGCUCCAGACUCCGGGCUCUAGUUCCGCGACUCCGUCGGCUACUCUCCCAGCGGCGCGACUCCUAUCUCCCUUCUGAGGCUUCGCCUUUCCCUAUAGGUGAGGACUAGUGUUUUCUACAUUCUUGGCCCAGAGGAAUUGAAUCCUGCUCUGAAGCUUUUGAGAGAUCAAAGUUCAGCAUCAUUAGUGAGUCUUAGCUGCUGACUGGGUACCACAGCAAAGCCUUUAGAGAAUUAGUUUUUCAGUGCAAACAAUGACUUUCAUGGACUGUAAUCUCAGUAUAAUAUGCUUUCUCUGUAACCUGAAAGAAUACCCAGCACUCGUCAGCAAAUCUGUGGAGACCUUAUAGAAACCCUCUUAACUGAACCGCUGCGACUCUGGGCUGGCCAGGGAGAACCUUAACAAUAGUAAAUAUCCAUUUGCCUUCUGGAAGAUUCAAGCACUGCCACACCAAACUGCUGUGGAAAUACCAUGUCUAAGAACUCAGAGUUCAUCAAUCUGUCAUUUUUAUUAGACCAUGAGAAGGAAAUGAUCCUGGGAGUCCUAAAGAGAGAUGAAUAUUUGAAAAAAGUGGAAGAAAAGAGAAUAAGGAAGCUGAAAAAUGAACUUUUAGAGGCAAAAUGUAGAAGCGGGAAGACUCAACAAGAGAGCAGUAGAGUCUGUGUUCACUGUCAGAAAAACCUUGGCUUCAUCUUUGACCGGGGAUAUCCAUGCCAAGUCUGCUUCCUCAAGGUGUGCAGUGAAUGUCGAGUCAUGGGCCCCGAUGGCAGCUGGAAGUGCACUGUCUGUGCCAAAGUCGCGCAGCUAAAGUUUAUAAGUGGAGAAUGGUUUUAUGAAGAAAAGGCAAAGCGUUUCAAGCAAGUCAAUGUUCUGGGCACUGAUGUUGUCCGACAGUCCAUCUUAAGAAGAAGCCCAGGAUCUGAAGAAAUACAAAGCCAAGAGCAAGCCCACCAAGAUGUAGACAAGUCAGACACUUCAUCUUCAAUCAGACAGAAGGCCACUCAUGAUGGAUCCAAGAGGAAGGGAUUUCUUCUGAGCAAGUUCAGAUCAGCAACCAGAGGAGAAAUCAGAACUCCAAAACCUGAAAGUGGGAGGAGCUAUAGCUUGGACUUAGACAGUCAUACACUUCAGAGUUUCAAGUCAGCCUCUGGAUCAGACAGGAGAAGUACCGCUUCGCCCGAUCUCAUUGACCAGGAGGCAGGACGAGGAACACCGACAAACAGCUACAGCAAUGGUGGAACCCCAGCCACCCAGAGGUCACCAGCCCCAAGUGUUCGUAGUGUGACCUCCAUCAGCAGUAGAGACCAUGUUGUUGAAAAGUCCAUGGCUGUGGGUGCCAGGGAAAGCCCCUCUGAGGAGCUGACAAAGAGUCACCGCAGAAACACAUCUGGGCCACCUUCCAUCGCCGUGUCGGGUGCCUCCCUUUCCUCAGACCGGAGUCAAUCUGAGUUAGAUUUCAGUGAGUCAUUUACAGAAGACUUAGAGGAUACUUCAAGCAUAAGAAGCAGAUCUGUCCCUGGGACAUUAGACAAAGACUUGUCCCCCUCCCUCAUCAGCCCAAAGAGCGAUCAGGGUUCCCUGCCCUGUGGGAAGUCCAAGGACCACCCACCUCCAUCCAGGUCUAGUAAGAACUCCUUAGAAGAUGCUGAAGAUGAUGCCAAUGACUUAGUGUCCUCUGGGUUUUCUGCAAGUCCCCACAGUCUGGCAACAGGCCUUUCAAUGAACUCCCAAGCAGGAUCUGAUAGGAAGAGGAGCUACCUAAAUGUGCCUGAUGCUGAUUCAGACACCACCAGCCUUAACAGCAUGAUGAGUGUUUACAGUGAGACAGGAGACUACGGAAACGUGAAGGUAACCGGGGAAAUUCUCCUCCACAUCAGCUACUGCUACAAAACUGGCAACCUCUACAUUUUUGUCAAGAAUUGCAGAAACCUGGCCAUAGGUGAUGAAAAGAGACAGAGGACAGAUGCUUAUGUCAAGUCAUACCUUCUUCCAGACAAGUCACGAAACAAUAAGCGCAAGACCAAAAUCAGAACAGGCACCAAUCCAGAAUUUAACGAAACACUGAAGUAUACCAUCAGCCACACCCAGCUGGAAACAAGAACUCUGCAGCUCUCAGUCUGGCACUACGAUCGCUUUGGGCACAACAGUUUUCUUGGAGAGGUGGAGAUAGCUUUUGACUCAUGGAACUUUGAAAACCCAUGUGAUGAGUGGUUUGUGCUUCAGCCCAAGGUGGAGUUGGCUCCUGAUAUUGGCCUUCAAUACAAAGGAGAGCUAACGGUUGCCUUACGAUACAUUCCUCCAGAGGAGAGCCCUAUAUUCCAAGUGGAACAACCUCAAGGAAAGAAGACCUUUAAAAAGGGAAAGAAGAAAGAGUCAGCUGUCAUCUCUGGGGGAAUACUUGAAGUGUUCAUCAAAGAAGCAAAAAAUCUGACAGCAGUCAAAUCGGGAGGCACUUCUGAUAGCUUCGUGAAGGGCUACCUGCUUCCUGAUGAUAACAAAGCCACCAAGCACAAAACGGCGGUUGUCAAAAAGAGUGUUAACCCUCAAUGGAAUCAUACAUUCAUAUUCAGCGGCCUGUAUCCUCAGGAUAUAAAGAAUGUUUGCCUAGAACUCACCAUCUGGGACAAGGAAGCCUUUUCCAGCAACAUCUUUCUAGGAGGUGUUCGUUUAAAUUCUGGAAGCGGUGUCAGUCAUGGGAAGAAUGUGUACUGGAUGGACUCUCAAGGAGAGGAACAACGCCUUUGGCAAAGGAUGAUUGACAGCCCUGGGGUAUCUGUAGAGGGCAUUCUCAUGCUGCGAUCCAGCAUGGCAAAAUGGAGGCUCUGAAGGGAUCAGUUCUCCAAGAACUACAUCUCUGGUUGCCUACUGUUUUCUCUAAGCAAACACUGGGCCCUUGAAUUCUGUUGCCCUGUUAUUUCUCACCUCUUAGGACAUGAGAGGAGAUAUGUCAGUGUUGUGAACAUCUAGGAUCUUGCUGAUUGUCUGAAAAGCAUAUCCUUCUAUAUGUUCCCCUACUCAGGUUUCCCUGAUUAGACAAUAGGAAGUGGACCCCCACCAUCUUGCCAACAAGCAGACUGUGCAAUGGCUCAUGGGCUUUAUACUGACCACAAGGACAAGAGCUUACUGGAAAAUAUUGCUGGGCUCCUCAACCCUUUUCCAAUCAAGUUACUUAAGUUUUCUUCAGUUUGAGAAAAGAAGGAAACACCAAGAAGUUAGAUUGCUUGGAGACUAACAAAGAGAGAAAUCUUUGUCUUCUCAGCAGAUUGCCUGUAAUGCAAAGAAGACAUGCUAGGGGUGGUUUGGGAGAAGUCAGGCUCCUUUUGAAAGUGAAGAGAGCUCCAUGAUUAUACAUACUCACACUAAAAAAAAUAAAAGAAAAAACAAAAAAAACUAAAAAAAAAAAAAAAACCAGACACAAACUAGAAUGUGUGUAGAGAAAUUAGAAUGCAGGACCAUCUUGUUGAUAAACAAGCAAUUAGAGAACUCUGUUACAAAAAUUAUUUCAUCAAAUAUUAAAAGCCAUUAAGUAUAAGGAAAUAAGAAAU